GUAUCAUGAUAGCACAGAAGCUCAAGUUACCUCUUUUGAUGAUGAAUUGGCAGAUAAGAACGUUUUACCAGCAGUACCUGCAGAGCUCAAUCUCUUAG